UUCACCCCUUUAGUCGACAUCAGAUCAUAUUAGAAAUGCUUGGAACAGCCAGAGCUCUUCGGGAAACAACCGCCCUCCCGGAGGAUAUACACGGCUAUCAGAGAGCGCAAAUAAAUGGAGAUCGUUUCUACAUUACGGCUAUGUUUGAAAGACGAAAACUCCCUGCUGAGUUCGUUCUUGGAAAUGGAAAAACAUACGGCGGCUAUGAGAAUGUCCCUCUUAAACCAGGGACGCGGUACAAGGUGUACGUAAGAGGAGUCACCGAACGUGACGGGAAGUGGCUUUACGGAGAACCCGCUGCUAUCGUUCUGCCGAAAACUGAUGAGUCGCCAGUCGUCAAGGAGGGUGACAACAUGGAUGGUGUAAUCGCUGGUCUUCUGGGAGCGCUGAUACUUAUCUUGAUUGCCAUCGUCGCAUUUUAUCUGUAUCAAAGAUCCAACAGGCCACCCAAUGCUAGCCUUAAAGUGGAAAGUCAGAAAAAGGAGUUUGAACUGAGGCGCUUCAAUGCAAGAGUCACAGCUGUGGAAAGCGACCAAACCCAAGAGAAUUUGACCCUGGUCCCUGUGAGUGUUACCACUCAGUUGACAGUUUCUGAAAGUAAUGAUCAUCGUGGCCCGGAAACCAAUGAAACCACCUUAGUAUAUGAAGAAAUCGACCUGUUUUCACCCGGAAUGAUGGUGCUUAGCGGCAGUGGCCAAACUUCUGAAUAUACACAAGUGUCCGGCCCUUGUUCUCAUAUCUAUGCGCCACUAGAGAAAAGAGAAGAGGAAGAACACGAAUACGUCAAUCAAAUAAAGCCUCCGGAGUACAUUAAUACUUACAUGCCACUUAUUAAAGGAGACAACCCUACCCUGUUGGCCGACAAUUCUCCUGGGUAUGCAUCGCUUUUGAAGUGUGAAAAAAGAUCAUGGAGACGUUGAAUACGUAUUAGAAGAGAUUCACAGAAACAUAUUGCAAAGUUCAACGCUAAAACGUUGUAUAAUAUAAAAACAACUUUUAAAGACUGUUUGUGACUUAUUUUUGACGAUGUUUCGACGUUCUUUUACGUCAUUAUCAAGUCAAG